AUGUCCGACGUUCAGAAGCCUGUCGAGGAGACUCCUGCGGCUGCCCCCGCCGUUGCUCCUGCUACUGAAGCGCCUGCUGCCACCGAAACCCCGGCCACCGAGACCCCCGCCGCUGAGGAGCCCAAGGAGACUCCCGCUGAGACCACUGAGGCUGCUGCCCCCGCCGCCGCGGAGGAGUCCAAGACCGAGGAGACUCCCGCCGAACAGCCCAAGGAGGAGCCCAAGCAGGAGGAGGUGACCCCCGCUUCUGAGGGUGUCCUGGGUUACAAGGCCCCCGGUCUCGUCAAGGGCCUCCGUUUCGCCAAGCGUUUCUUCUACUUCAGCGACGACGCUGUUGAGUCUAAGCAGCUGUCUGCCUUCCACCAGAACGAGAAGGCCGCCGUCGCCAACCCCAUCGCCGCCUGGGCCAGCCAGACCGGCAAGGGUCUUCUGUUCUUCACCAAGCGCGCAGAGGACAAGGCCUCUCCCGCCGGCAUCUUCAACCUGGCUGAUGUUUCCGACAUUGCCAAGGAGGGCUCCACCGAGCUGCACUUCAAGGUCAACGGCCAGAAGCACACCUUCCAGGCCUCCAGCACCUCCGAGCGUGACAGCUGGAUUGCCGCCCUCGAGGCCAAGGCUGCUGAGGCCAAGGCUGAGAAGGAGGCUGUGACCUCCAGCGAGGGUUACAAGGCCGAGCUCGAGAAGCUGAGCAAGCCUGCUGUUGCCGAGCCCGCUAAGAAGGCCGAGCCUAAGGAGGAGGCUGCCCCCGCCGAGGACAAGAAGGAGGACAAGGCUGCCUCCAAGAGCCGCUCUCAGUCUCGCAAGAGGGCCAGCAUCUUCGGAACUCUUCUUGGAAAGAAGGAGGAGGCCAAGGAGGAGGCUGCCCCUGCUGAGGACAAGGAGGACAAGGCCGAGGAGGCUAAGCCUGCUGAGGCUGCUACUGAGGCUCCUGCUGCUGAGGCUCCGGCUGCCGCUGAGACCACUGAGGCUGCUCCUGCUGAAGCCAGUGACAAGAAGGAAGAAAAGGAGGAGAAGAAGGAGGAGAAGGAAGAGAAGAAGGCGGAAACUCCUGCCCCCAAGUCCAAGCGUGCUUCUCUUUUCGGCAACUUCUUCCAGAAGGUCACCAGCCCCUCCCACGAGAAGUCGGAGAAGGAGGCCACUGCUCCUGCCGAGACCGCUGUUGCUAGCACUGCUCCUCAGCUGGACAACCCCGUUGAGGAGGCCGCUGUGAAGCCCAUCGAGCCCGAGAGCGUGACUGCUCCCGCUGAGGCUGAGGCUGCCAAGGACGCCGCUCCCGCUUCUCCCGCCGCUGAGACCCCCAAGGACAAGCGUCGCACCUCUUUCUUCGGCAACUUCGGCAAGAAGAAGGGUGACUCCGACAACGAGGGUGCCGAUGGCGAGCCCAAGGCCAAGGGCAACAAGCUUGGUGGCAUCUUCCGCAAGCCCAGCAAGGCCGUGAAGUCCGAGCCCAAGGAGACCAAGGAGGCCACCGAGGCCGAGGCUGCUCCCAAGGAGGCUACCGUUCCGGAGUCUCCUGCUGAGGAGAGUGCUAAGCCCGCUGAGGCUGCUCCUGCUGAGGAGUCCAAGCCCGUCGACGUCGCCACCUCUACUCCUGUUCAGGCUGCUGCAUGA